GAAUAUAUAAUAAUUAUGUGGUUGUCGAGGCCAAAAUCUUAGGGCCGAUGGCAACCUUGGCUGCAGCUGCGGGCAUCUCCGGAGCACCAAACCUUUCCUCCCUACUCCGCCAUCAAAUCGUCAAACCAGUGCAGGUUCCUCCUCCCCGCGCGCGAUCUUUCCAUGUUCGUCGCCGGAUCGCCUGGAGACGAGCUUCGUCCAGCACUCCGCCGCCUGCCGAGGCCGCCUCGCCGGGGCUGUAUUCGGCCAAGGUGUAUGAACUGACGAAGGAGAACGUGAACCUGGUGUUGGACGAUGUUCGCCCCUACCUCAUCUCCGACGGUGGCAACGUGGAUGUGGUGUCCGUGGAGGACGGAGUAAUCUCCCUGCAGCUCCAAGGAGCCUGCGGAAGCUGUCCUAGCUCAACAACCACCAUGAAGAUGGGUAUCGAGCGAGUUCUGAAGGAAAAAUUUGGAGAAGCGGUCAAGGACAUAUGCCAAGUUGAAGGAAUCCAAAUCGAAACUACAGUUGAGGCAGUGAAUAACCAUUUGGAGAUAUUGAGACCUGCCAUCAAAAACUUUGGAGGUAGUGUGGAAGUGGUUUCUGUCGAGGCUGGUGAUUGCAGUGUAAGAUACACAGGACCAGACUCCAUAGGAAGUGGCAUCAAAGCAGCCAUCAAGGAAAAAUUCCCAGAUAUCAUCAACGUAGUAUUCAUUUAAGAAAACUGCGAAUAUAUUCGUCUCUUAUUACGAACGAGCAAUUUUACCAUUGUAUCAAGGUCCAUCCUCGGAUAACACAUUUGUAUGAAUGUAUUAAUCGUAGUAAGGUUUUAGUUAUCGGAAGUUUCUUUA